AUGCCUUCCAUAAUAACUCCACAUACCAUUGUUUACUCGCUCACAUUGCUUGCUUCUUUGGCAGCAGCAGUGCCAACACCAGAGCCAGCACCUAUUGAAUUACCUAUUCGUUGGUCCCAUCGCAUGUAUCGGCGCCAAGAUGAUGUAUCCACAAAUGUGACUUAUGGCGUCAGUGUUCUUGAACCUAUGGUUGAGAUUGGCGUUGGCACUCCCCCUCAAAAGUUUACAAUGAUCUUUGACACUGGAAGCUCGGAUACGUGGGUACCAGAUAAACACUGUGAUCAAAAGGAUGGUUGCAUUUCCGGGCGCACAUUUGAUAGACAAAAGUCAUCCACUGCACGUUCCUUUGACAAGCAUACCCCCCUUUUUAUCGCAAGAUAUGGUUCAGGCAAUGUAACAGGAACCUACUUUAAAGACACGGUGACAUUUGGCGACAAUACACAAUUGAAAGAUCAAUCGGUGGUGGUGGCCAAUCACACUGCUGGCUCCUUUGCUACUCAAGAGCCUGAAAGCAAACUUGUUAUGGAUGGCAUCCUCGGUGCUGGUUUCCCUGGCUUGAUGAUUGCGAAUCAGCUCUCUAAAAAGUCAUCUAUGGUGCCAGUCCCAAUGUCUUUGUAUGAAAACAAAGUAAUCAGCAAGCCCCUAUUUUCGGUUUAUACAGGUCCCUUGGGUGGAUCCUCGGGUUCUAUCCUCUUUGGCGACGUCCAUAGUAUUGCAAGUGGUGAAUCACACACUGCACCCGUUAUCAAGUCCAAAGCAUUUAACGGCGAUGAUUCAGAGAUCUAUCAAUGGCGUAUCCAUGUCAACAAAAUUAGCCUUGUUGGCAGUAACAACAACAACAACAAGACCAAAGGUAGCCAAAAAGAGAAAACGGUGCUCGAGUAUGCCGAUAGCAAGCAUUCAUUCCACGUGGAUACCGGUACUCCUGUAAGCCGCCUUCCUGCCAAGGAAGCUGAUCAUCUCGCGUUGUCCCUGUUUGGAGAAGAAAACCUCGUACGAAACGAAGAAGCGGGUGUUGGCUACAUUGUCAAGGACUGCAGCAAAUUCACACCUGACAACACGCCUUCUUUAUCUAUCAGUGUAUCAGACACGUCUUCAAAAUCAUUCAACUUGGAGCUCAAUGUCUAUGAUCUUCUUCUUUUAAAUGACGAAAAGGAGGACACUUGCAUCUUCAUCUUUGGCGAAGGACACGACUAUAUGAUUGGCAAUUUGGCCUUGUCUAAGUAUGUCACCGUAUUCAACUUUGGUGAUAAGACUAUUAGCUUUUCUGAAAUCAGCGACAGCGAUGAUACAGCAUAG